UACUAAGUCGCUUGCCGCCUUUAUAUAAAGUUCAAAAUAGUAGAGAAAUCAAGAAUUUUCUAGCGCGGUUUCGGGAAAUUUUAAAAACUGAUUUGGACUUAUCAAAAUUAUCGAGAGUUGCGACUGACGGUGCUCCUUCGAUGAUUGGUGUUAAUUCCGGGCUUAGUUACUUUGCUGAAAAAACAUCUGCAAGCAAAAAACAGUCAUAAACGCUGAAGAUCUCAUGCAGUUUCACUGCAUUAUACACCAAGAUGCCCUCUGUUCUAAAAAAAAAAAUGAAUUUCAAAAUAUCAUGAAAGUGGUAGUUUUGACUGUAAAUUUUAAAAAAUCACGAGGGCUCAAUCACAGACAAUUCAAACAAUUCCUUGAUGAAAUCGAAAGCGAAUACGGAGAUUUACUGUAUUAUACAGAAGUAAGGUGGCUAAGUCGUGGAUUGACACUGGAACGAUUUCUAAAUUUAAUAGAAGAAAUUGGAACAUUUCUGGCGGAAAAGCAAAGGGAUGUCCCGGAACUUAAAAAUCCUGACUGGUUGUGUGAUUUGGCUUUUUUAGUUGACAUUACAAAUCAUUUGAAUGUCUUGAACACACGGCUUCAGGGCAGAAAUCAACUAAUAUCCCAGCUCUACGUUCAUGUAUCAUCUUUUCAAUGGAAGCUGACUCUUUUCAGAUCACAAUUGAAUUCUGGAAAUUACAAUCAUUUUCCGAAUUAUAAGAAAUGGCUGAAAAAUUCAACAAAACUGCGAUUAUUUUCAGUUAUGUAGAAAAGCAAAAUAUUUUGAUUCAAUCUUUUCAAGACAGAUUUUCGGAGUUUAAUAAAGUGAAACCUCUGUUAGACAUAUUCAGCAAUCCUUUCACGAUUUCAGUUGAAAAUGCGCCACAGUCAAUGCAGUUAGAGAUUAUCGACAUUCAAAACGACCAAGAUUUACGCAACAAAUUCAACGAAGGAGACUUGCUGAACUUUUACCGCUGCAUUGAUUAAAAUAUUUACGAAGAGUUGCGCAUAAACGCUCUGAAAUGUGCCAGCUUAUUUGGUUCUACCUAUAUAUGUGAACAAAUUUUUUCAAUUCUAAAUUAUAAUAAAACAAAAAAUCGAAACCGCCUUGCAAAUGAAAGUUUGGAAGCAGUUUUAUGUGUUGCUACAAGUAAAUUUGAGCCAAAUAUAAAAAAGAUU